GUUCCUGGCGGCCUGCGCCGGCGGGGACCUGGCCGAGGCGCGCCUCAUGCUGCGGGGGGACGCCCCGGGCCCGCCCGGACCGCCGCUGCUCGACCGCACCAACGCCGACGGCAUCAGCGCCCUGCAUCAGGCGUGCAUCGAUGAGAACCUGGAGGUCGUGCGGUUCCUGGUGGAGCAGGGAGCCACCGUCAACCAGGCGGACAACGAGGGCUGGACGCCCUUGCACGUGGCCGCCUCCUGCGGAUACACGGACAUCGCCCAGUACCUGCUGAGCCACGGCGCCGACAUCGCCGCCGUCAACAGCGACGGGGACCUGCCGCUCGACCUGGCCGAGGCGGAUGCCAUGGAGAGCCUGCUCCGGGCCGAAGUGGCCCGCAGAGGUGUGGACAUAGGGGCGGCCAAGAGGGCCGAGGAGGAGCUGCUCCUGCAAGACACGCGGCGCUGGCUGGACGGCGGGGCCAUGCCCGACCCCCACCACCCCCGCACCGGCGCCUCCGCCCUGCACGUGGCCGCCGCCAAGGGCUACAUCGAGGUCAUGAGGCUGCUCCUGCAGGCCGGCUACGACCCCAACGUGCGGGACAGAGACGGGUGGACCCCGCUGCACGCAGCCGCCCACUGGGGGGUGGAGGAGGCCUGCCGCCUCCUCGUAGAGCACGCCGGAGACAUGGACACGCUCAACAACGUGGGUCAGCGGCCCUGUGACCUGGCGGACGAGGAUGUGCUGACCCUGCUGGAGGAGCUGCAAAAGAAGCAGGAGGAUCUACGGAACCAGAAAGAAGCGUGUCAGGGUCGGGUGACGGAGCCGCAGCCCAUCUACAGCAGCAAGCACCGGAGGAGCUCCGUCUGCCGCAUGAGCAGCAAGGAGAAGAUCUCUGUGCAGGAUCUGUCCAAGGAGAGGAAGCCCCCGCCGGGAGGAGGACCCGGAGAGACCCCCGCCAUCCGGGACGAGGACUCGGGAGACGAGGGCGGGGGCGCCGGUGAACCGCCCCCCCACAGGCCCAGCGCCCUCAACGGGGUAUCUUCGCCCCUCCUCGGCCCCCCCUCGCCCCUCUCCUCCACAGCCCCGGCCCGCCCCGCCGAGCCCGGGGGUCCCUGGCGCUCCGGCCUCCGCAAGACGGGCAGCUCUGGGGCCCUGGGCCCCUCUGGGUGGCAGCGGCAGGAGCCCCCUGAACUGGGCCCGCAGCGCUCGGCCUCCAGCUCGCGCCUGGAAGGAGGAGAGAGGAACCAAGAGCCCCGUCUGGCCCGGGUGCCCCCCACCCCCUCCCGACGGAUGGUUUCCCUCCCCGAGAGCCGCCUCCCCGUCCCGCCCCCUCAGACGGUGGACACCUCCGAUCCCCCCGCCCCUUCCAUCGUCCCCUCCGACUCCAGGGACCGACGGAGAUCGUACCAGACCCCGGUGCGAGACGAGGAGUCGGAGUCGCAGCGUAAAGCCAGGUCCCGCCUCAUGCGUCAGUCCCGGAGAUCCACUCAGGGCGUGACCCUGACCGAUCUGAAGGAGGCCGAGAAGACCCUGGGCCGCUCCGUGGAGCCAGAGAAGGGAGAACCACCCCCUGCCGACAACCCGGACACAGCCCGGCUGUCCCGUGUUCCCGGGGUAGAUGGAUCAGACUCGGUGGGACCCUUCCUUGAGGCCCCUGCCCAAAGAGAGGAGCCCGAGGGAGAGGGAGGCUGGAACCGGCUGUCCGACCGAAGGAAAGCCCGGAAGGAGAGGCGGGGGCUGGCCGAGGGGGAGGAAGAGCCCGUGGAGCCCCCCAACAGUGAGAGGAGCCCCCAACCCAGCUCCCCGCCCGCCUCCCGGAGUUUGGAGCCGGACCAGCCCGACAGUGGUUUCCGGAAGCUUUACGAGGGGCUGCAAGCGGAGAACGCGACUCUGCGCGAGACCCUGCAGGAGACCCAGCUGCGCCUCACACAGCUCAAGGUGGAGCUGGAGCGGGCCACCCAGCGACAGGAGCGCCACGCCGAGAGACCCGCCCUGCUGGAGCUGGAGCGGUUUGAGCGCCGGGCACUGGAGCGGAAGGCCGUGGAGCUGGAGGAGGAGCUGAAGGCUCUCUCGGACCUCAGAGCGGACAACCAGCGUUUGAAGGACGAGAACGCAGCCCUCAUUCGGGUCAUCAGCAAACUUUCCAAGUGACACGUUCCCCAUCCCCACCCUCACCCCCUCCUCCGUCGCCGCCGGGACUUUCGGGGGCCCUGCCCCUCCCCUCACGCCCCCCCAGCCCCACCCCUAUUUAUGCAGCUGCUUCUGCCACGGUUUUCCUUCACGUGAGAGGCGGGGG